AUGUCCGAUGACGAGACUAGUCAGCCAGAGCCGGCACAGGACUCAAAGUUUGCCGAGUCUGCAGAGUCCGCAGAGCCUGCAGAUCCUGCAGAUCCGAGCUAUCCUCCUCGAGUAUGUCGGAUUUGUCUAGAAUCUGUGCUGCCUACCUUUCAGCCCUCGGAAUUCCUCCAGAAACCUCGCGUCGUUUAUGAAUCGGAAGACUCCGGCCGCCUACUUCGCCCCUGCCAAUGCAAAGGCUCCUCGAGAUAUGUGCACGAGAGUUGCCUGCAGACAUGGCGGCACGCGGAUCCCCGAUACGGCGCGAGGAAUUUCUGGCAGUGCCCGACCUGCGGCUUUCAGUAUCGGCUACAACGUCUGACCUGGGCGAGGUGGAUCAGUAGUGCUGGCACACAGCUCCUCCUCACCAUCGCCAUUUUGCUUUUGACUGUUUUCGUUCUUGGUUUUGUUGCUGACCCCAUCCUCGAUUUGUACCUCGGCCCUAUUGACAUCGAUGUCUACGAGUUGGAAGAGGAGCUUAACACAGACGCUUCGUGGAUUGCCCAUCUCGUCAAAGGAGUGGCUUCUCUCGGUCUACUGUCCUUUGUCAGGUCAAUAUGGAUGAUUUCACCGUUCUGGAGCCCGCGCUCGGGGAUACUGGCUGGCCGCACGACAGGACGAGACCGAGCUCGGUCUCUCAACUGGCUGCUCAUUGUCGUCGGCGUUGGCACCUUCCUCUGGGCUGUUUACAAAGGUGUACGGUCAUGGAGUAGACGAACACUAGAAAAGGCGGGCGAGAGAGUGAUGGAUGUUCCUUUACCAGAGGAUGAUGUAAAAACCGAUUGA